UAUAUGAACGAUGGCAUCCUGUAUCCUCAUUGUCAUGGCUGUAAUAGUCUUUGAUGGUAGCUUUGCUCAAAGCGAAGAAAAGACUUUGAAGAAAGAGUUGUCUGAUCUCCAUUACAAGCUCUUUAAGACAGUUCAGAACCAGACCAAUAUGAUUAAGAUGGCAGUUUUUGAAACCCAGUGCAACGUAAAUGGUUGUACCUUCAACGGAUGUGGCGGCCGAGAAAACAACACAUGUGAAAAUGAAGUAAUCAAGAAACUAAACCAGAUUCAAAGUAGUGUUGAUUCGUUGAAAAACAGCGGAACAUCAAUUAAAGGUUGCAAACAAGGCUGGAAAUCGUACAAAGGUCACUGCUACUUGCUAAUAAAAAUAGCAGUGAAUUGGUUCGAGGGACAGAUGAAGUGUAGAGAAUACGGAGCAACAUUAGUUCAAAUUGACACUGCACAGGAAAAUAACUGGAUCUUGAAAAACUUUCCUAAAGUCCGUUUCUGGCUCGAUCAUACUGAUGUGGGCAAAGAGGGUAGAUGGAAAAUGUUCUCGACUGGAAAGUCCCCAACCUUUUCCUUCUGGUCUCCAGGACAACCUGAUAACCACAGAGGUUCACAAAACUGUGGUUAUUCUUACUUCAACAAGAACACGGGAGCGUGGGAUGACGGUGGUUGCUCCGCGAGGUUUUGGAUAAUUUGUGAAACUUCAGGCUGAAUGCUGGAAGAGAAAUGAAGUAUAUUAAGUAAAAAAAUAUACAGUGAAUAUGCUUUUAAUGUAAUUAACCUUUUAAAUAGAGAAUGAAAUAUACAUGUUUGUCCCUUAAAAUGCACGGCUUCUUACUUGCAUUCUUGUUUUCUAAUCCUACUGCACAUAGGAUUAGAAAACUAUAAUUUCCAAGCAAUAUUAAUACACCGAAACAAAAUCUUAAAACAUAAAUAAUUUGUUAAAAGAAAUUAAUAAUCUGUUAUAAAACAUUGACAACUUGUUAUAAAAAUAUUAAUUGUAACAGAUUACUAAUUUGUUAUAACAAAUUCAGAAUUGAAACAAAUCAACUUCGACUGAAUUCAUGAAACAGACUUAAGUUAGUUGUAAUUGGAGAUGUUGUUGUAAUGGCUAAAUCCUGUGUUUGGUCAAUAUGUUAGCCCAUUCUUUAAGAAUUCAACACCAUGUAUUUUAAUCAACCUGUAUAAAUAAUUCAAUAUCUGUGCAUAAAGACCAUGACUUACCGAAGAAGGAACAUAAGAAGCAUAUGCAAGAUAUAAGAUGAUUUGCCAAUGUGACUGGCAAGGUGCUUUCUAGUGUAAUUGUAAUGUAAGUUAUGAGAUGAUGUUGUUACUGAUAUAUCGCUAUAGAGAUUCGAAUUAGUGAUGUAAACAAAAAAGGACCUGAUCUUUAAUUACAUAACAAAAAAUUCUGAGCUUUGUAUCUCACUUAAACUUCGACAACUCAAAACUCAGAUGU